AUGAAGAUGCGAUGUUCAGCGAAGUUGCCAAGCUGUGGGCCGGACACACGUCUGGACACACGUCUGGACAUGCACCCGCACUCGGAUCUAGUCGACCUUCGACCAGUUUCCCGGCCUCGUCCGGUCAUCCAGCCGGUCUCGCAGGCGAUCCUGUCGCAGGAUGGUCGCUCGGGUUUGGAUCGCACGGGGGUGGAUCGCACGGGCGUGGGUCGCACGGGGGUGGAUCGCAUGGGCGUGGGUCGCACGGUCGUGGGUCGCACGGUCGUGGUUCACACGGGCGUGGAAAGCGGGGUUGGGGUUAUAGGCAAGGGGGGAGAAGGGUUCAAGGAGAGACCGGGGGAGGGGGAAGAGGCGGAGAGAGCAGGCGCGGAUGGGGCUGGAAGAGGGGGGAAAAGGGCGGAGCAGGCGGGAGAUGCGCGCGGUGGUGGGGAGAAGGGACAGCUGUCGGCGCUACUGGCGAGCGGAGGGUUUUGGGGAGCGGAAGAGGAGGAGGAGGAGGAAGAGGAGGUGGGGGCGGGGAAGGGGGAGAGUGAAGGAGCGAGAGUAAGGCGAAGAGCAGGCGUUGGAUCGACGGCAGGUGAUGGUGGGGAGGGGAAUGGAGGAAUGGUGGAUGGUGGGGAUGGGGAAGGGGGAGGGCAGGAGGGGGGGGAAGGAUGGACGGGGAAGAGGAGAAGACACGAGUGGGAGCAGGACGAAACGGGGGGACGACACGAGGGGGCGUAUCGCGGGCGAGGGGGCAGGGGCGGCGGAAGGGGCGGGCGGGACGACUGGCGGGGAAGAGGAAGAGGGGGAGGGGGCGGCGGAGGCGGAGGCGGGGGGCAUAGGCGGCGCAUGGAAGUGGGUCCCUCGCGUGUGUCUGUCCCCUGCAAGUUUUACCUGGGUGGGCGCUGCAGCAAGGGCGCGUCCUGCCCCUUCCCGCACACAGGCGUUCCGCGGACCAAGAACGAGCCGUGCAAGUUCCAUGUAACGAAUUCGUGCCUUAAGGGGGAUGACUGCCCCUUCUCCCACGACUUGGCGCGCUUCCCCUGCAAGUACUUCCACGUGGGCACGGGGUGCUUGGACGGGGAAAGAUGCAGAUUCUCCCAUGGGAGCGCGGAGGAGAGGGAGUUGGUGCGGUUGAGAGAGAUUUGGCAGAGGGACAGGCCGUGGGGCGCGGCUGGGGAGAGGCAGGGGUUCAGAGAGGUGGAGAGGGGAAAGGAGGGGUUCAGGGAUGGGGGAGCGGGCGGGAGAAGGAUGGCUGGUGCUGGUGGCAGUGUGGAGGUUGGUGGCGUUAGUGGUACUGGUGCUGCUGGUGUUGUUGGUGGUGUUGGUGGUGUUGCUGCUGCUCUUCCUGUUGGUGGUGGGGGAGGGAGGGGAACAUGGGUGGUUAAGGUUGAGGGCAGCGCGGACAGGGGGGAGAGGCUGGGCGGGGUGGGAUCAGAUGGGCGGAAGGGGGGGGGCAUGGGGGGAGAAGCGCAGAAGGAAGGGGGGAUGGGCCAAGAGCGGAAGGAAGGGGGCAUGAGUGGAGGCGGGCGGAAAGAAGACGAGAAAUGCGCGGAUCAGCGGGGUGGUGAGGGGAGGGGGAAGGAGGGCGUAUUGGGUGCUGUUUUGGGCAGCAGGACUGCUGAGGAGGAGGAGGAGGAGGAUGACGAAGAGGAGGAAGGCAGUGCCCCGGAUCCCUAUGGUGCUGCUGGGUCAGGUCCAGGCACCCACCCAUAUGGGGCUCAUGGGGCUGACACAGACCCAUACGGGGUUCAUAUGGGCAGCACAGACCCAUACGGGGCUAGCGGGGUUGACGCAGACCCGUAUGGUGUUGGAGGGGGAGGGCCAGGGGCAGCAUCAACAUCGGUUCAUGACUUCCUGGCACGUGCAGCUGAGUUCUUUGCCGAUGGGGGGACGGGAGGAGAGGGGGAUACACCGAUGUAUGGCAGUAUGGAGUAUAUUGGAGAGGCGGGGGGUGGGAGUGGCCCUCGAUAUAGGCCUGACUAUGGUGGAGAUGGGGGGAGAGUCUCGUAUGGGCCUGAUUAUGCUGGAGAUGGGAAGACUGCAGGGUGUGAGGCGAGGGUCCCAUUUGAGUCUGAUUAUGCUGGAGGGGCGAGUGUACCCCGAUACAGCAGCACGGGGUAUGUGGGUGCAGCAGCAGGGGAUAAAGCAGGGCAGAAUCCUUACACGUGGGAACAUGGGAAUGAAGGGGAGGAAGAGGAAGAGGAGGAGGAAGGGGAGGAGCAGCAGGAGGGCACUGCAGGAAUGGUUGAAGUGGUGCUUGCUUCACAGGGAGUGGAUACACGGGUUGAUCAUUCGGUCAGGGACCUUGAGAAGCAGCCAACAGGAAUGGUAGAGGCGUUGGCUUCUAGGAAGAAUGGAGCAGUCAGUAGUGAGGAUGCUGAUUCUGAGAGGACGGGUCGAGCAAGAGCAAAUGUUGCUUCGCUCUUGAGCCAAGUGCUAGAUAGUUAG